UAUAAAAAAAAAGCCUCCAUAUGUAAGAAUUUUAACAAUUUGCCUUUAGAUGGAAGCAUAUUUGAGCCCCUUCGCUGGCACACAAUAACAUCCACUCUCUUCCUCUCAAAUUUACCUUUCAAAGACAUAAUCUGGUAAAACUCCACAUUUCUUGAUUUUUGGCUCUUUUCAGGAUUUCCAAUGAAUGGUAACAUUCUCCAGAGAUGUGUAACUUCAAUAGAAUCCUCCUCCUUGCCAUUGCCAUCUUUUGCCUAGUCGUCUCACAUCAGUUGGAGGUUUGUCGUGCAAAUCCACAACAACCCGCUAAGGGUGCUUUUUUGGGUGCAAAAAUAGAUUGCAAGGGAAAAUGUCAUAUAAGGUGUAGUGUGGCGUCAAGAUAUCGAAUAUGUAUCAGGACAUGUAACACUUGCUGCCAACGUUGCAACUGUGUGCCACCAGGAACUUCAGGCAAUGCUAAUGUGUGUCCGUGUUGGGAUAACAUGACAACCAAAGGUGGUCGCAAAAAGUGUCCAUGAAUCUUCAAUUAGUAAGAAGUGUGAAUAAUUUUACACACUGUCAUUAAUUAUUUUUCAUAUAUCACAUUAUUAUGGCGCAUUCGUGGUGAAAAAUUGUUUAGUUGUAAUAAUUUUUGGGUGCAUGCAUGUUGCAAUUGCAAUUUGCCUGUUAGAAUGUAUAUGUAUUUUUGUAAUUAUGUA